CCGGAAUACUGUUAAUAUCCAUCCUGAUCCACGUUCGAUUCGUGUCAAGGGCUCCACAGGAUAGAAUAAAGUUUCUGAACGUACCGACUGGAGGACAGUACAUGUAUUAAGACCUUUGAUGGGAUCUGAUCCCAGCCCUGCCUCACAUAGGCCCGCCGGAUCGUGCCCUGGCGUCGUGAUCCUCCUGCUCACUAGUCGAUCACAUCAUCGCCGUGACAUAUGCCCUGCGCUCCACAUGUCACCACGUUCGGACCUUCUCGAUGGAUCGAUCCAAGCACGCAGCCUCGUCUGCAGAACGGCAACCCGAUCCGCUCUCGCAAGUGCGUUGCCGUUCUCACAUCUUUCCGCGGCGCUGACCCGGACUGCAGCACCGUCUACCUGAACCAGACUGGUCGGGGAUCGUCCGAAGCAUAUAUACCUCCAUGUGACCGGAAGCAUCUUCGUGACCUAGCACCGGCCUCGAGACCAUGCGUUCGGACAACGCCUCGUCGGAGGACAGCACUGCCAACAGCCGCGCUUCUGCGAACCAGCCGCCAGCGCUCCCAGAGGACGUCCAGCUGCAGGGCCAGGACGCCAAAGAGGUCCUUCGAAAGAUCGACAUCCGGAUCCUACCCGUGCUGUUCCUGAUCUAUCUCCUGCAGUACCUGGACAAAAACGGCAUCAAUUACGCGAGCGCCUAUGGCUUGGCGGCCGGGACGCAGCUGAAAGGUCAAGAUUACUCAUGGCUGGGCUCCAUCUUCUACUUUGGCUACAUGUUCGCGCAGUACCCAGCCGGCUAUAUACUGCAGCGUUUCCCCAUCGGUAAGGUCCUCGGACUCACGACCCUGGGCUGGGGCGUGAUCCUCAUCACGACCCCUGCGUGCCGCGAUUUCGCAGGCAUCGCCGCCAACCGCUUCCUCCUGGGUGCCCUCGAGGCUGCGGUGAACCCCGGGUUCGUGCUCAUCAUAGGCAUGUGGUACACCGUGCAGGAACAACCGUUACGUCUGGAGUCCUACUACUGCACCAAUGGAGUGGCGACGAUGUUCGGCGGCCUCAUCGGGUAUGCCGUGGGCAAUAUCGGCUCGGGACUGCCUCGAUGGAUGUACGUGUUCCUCAUCUUCGGAAGCUGCAGUAUCGUCGCCGGCAUCAUCACCUUUGUUUUGCUCCCAGACCUUCCUUCCAAGGCCCGAUUCCUGAAUGAACGCGAAAGGGCCGCUGCGGUGGAACGGGUCGCGCAGAAUCGUCAAGGCAUCAAGAACCGCCAUUUCAAGAGAGACCAGGCUUGGCAGACCCUCUGCGACCCGAAGACGUGGAUUCUGUUCGUCAUGGCCGUCGGCGCGCAGGUCCCCAACGCUGCGCUGACCAGUUUCACGUCGAUCAUCAUCGGCUCGUUCGGAUUCGACACGUUGGGUACUCAAUACCUCCAGAUCCCGGGAGGUGCAGUGCAGUUCCUGUCCCUCUUGGGAGGCGGAUUCAUCUGCUCGAGGUUCCCAAACGCACGCUGCAUCACCAUGAUCACGGCGAAUUGCAUCUGCAUCGUCGGGUCUUCCCUCCUGGUCGGGCUUCCUUCGAGCAACAAAUGGGGCCGACUGGUAGCCAUCUGGCUGUGCUAUUUCCAGGGCAUUGGGUUCUCGAUGUCGUUGACCAUGGUCAGCUCGAAUAUUGCAGGCUACACCAAGAAGCAACUGACGGGCGCGAUAUUGUUUACUGGGUAUUGUGUGGGAAACAUCGUCGGGUUCGCCCCUCUCAGAUCACCCGCAAGCACGCAAGCGCUGACUCGACGUCCCGUGAUAGGCCACAGACCUUCCGCAGUGAAGAAGCCCCCGGAUAUCAUUCCGCAUACAUCGCGAUGCUGGUCGGCUAUACAGUGAAGCUGGCCAUGGUGGUCAUUUUGUAUAUUUACAUGUUCUCG